AUGUCCGUUGUAGGAAUCGACUUUGGUAAUCUCCAAUCUAAGAUUGCAGUAGCACGCAAUCGUGGAAUUGACGUUAUUUGUAACGAAGUUUCAAAUAGAGCCACUCCGUCUCUAGUCUCAUUUGGAAAUAAGAAUAGAUAUUUAGGUGAAGCAGCCAAAACUCAAGAAAUUUCAAAUUUCAAGAAUACCGUUGGCUCUCUGAAACGCCUGGCCGGUCGUUCUUUUCAAGAUAAGGAAAUUCACGAAAUAGAAAAGAAAUAUAUCAAUGCUGAUUUUGUUGAUGAGAGGGGUCAGGUUGCUGUGAAGGUUCAAUAUCUUGAUGAAGAACGCGUAUUUACAAAUACACAGCUAGUUGCCAUGUACUUUACAAAGCUUAAAGAUAUUACUUCCGUGGAGCUGAAAAUUCCCGUUUCGGAUGUGGUAAUUUCGGUACCCGGGUGGUUUACCGAUGUUCAACGUCGUAGCGUUCUUGAUGCUGCCGAGAUUGCAGGUUUAAAUUGUUUACGUCUGCUAAACGAUACCACUGCUGCAGCACUCGGAUAUGGUAUUACGAAGACAGACCUUCCAGAGGACAAGCCUCGUAAUGUCGUGUUCGUUGAUAUUGGGCAUUCAAGUUAUAGUGUAACAAUUGUUUCUUUCGUCAAGGGGCAGUUGACGGUCAAGUCUACUGCUUAUGAUAGACACUUAGGUGGUCGUAAUUUUGAUGAAGUUUUAGUUAAUCAUUUUGUCGAGGUAUUCAAGGAAAAAUACAAGAUUGAUAUUAGAUCAAAUCCAAGGGCACUUUUCCGACUUCGUACGGGGGUGGAAAAACUUAAGAAGGUGCUUUCGGCAAAUACUCAGGCUCCUCUCAACGUGGAAUCCAUAAUGAAUGACAUCGAUGUUAGUGCCAUUAUUUCUCGUCAGGAAUUCGAAGAGCUGUCUCAACAUAUUCUUAAUAGAAUAGAGAUUCCUCUUGCACAAGCGCUUCAAGAAUCCGGACUUUCCUUGGAAGAUAUCCAUUCAGUUGAAGUUGUUGGUGGUUCAACACGUAUUCCAUCCGUUAAAGAAAGGAUUUCAAAAUUUUUUGGUCAAGAACUAAAGUACACUCUUAACCAAGAUGAGGCGGUUGCUCGUGGAUGCGCACUUCAAUGUGCGAUUUUAUCUCCUGUAUUUAAGGUUCGCGAAUUUACUGUCCAAGAUAUCACUACUUAUCCUGUUAAAAUCACGUGGGAAAAAAUUCCAGAAAUUCCAGAUGAAGAGUCGGAACUCGUUGUAUAUUCUAAAUAUAAUAGCAUUCCGUCCACGAAAAUAUUGACAUUUUAUCGAAAACAACAAUUUGAUAUCGAAGCUUAUUACGCUGAGCCGGAUAAACUUCCUACGGGGAUAAGUCCUUGGAUUGGAAAAUUUUCAAUUAAACAGGUUGAGCCUACCGAAAACGGAGACUUAAGUAUUGUAAAGGUCAAAUCCAGGCUCAAUGUCCAUGGGGUCCUUUCUAUAGAAAAUGCACACGUUGUUGAAGAAAUUAUAAAAGAAGAAAAAGAAGAAGUAAGCGAAUCUCAACCGAUGGAUACUGAUGCAAAACCCGAAGAAGCCUCCAAACCUGCGGUUAAGAAAGUUAAAAAACUUAUGAAGAAAGGAGAUUUACCAGUUAUUUCCGUUCAUGGUGGAUUAGAUAAAGCCGUAAUUACACAGUAUAAGGAACUUGAAGCACAAAUGGUCGUCUCUGACAAACUUGUUGCUGACACGGAAACCCAAAAAAAUGCGCUCGAAGAAUAUGUAUAUGAUAUUCGUUCAAAAGUUGAAACAACAUAUUCUGAAUUUGUUGAUCCAGCUAUCAAAGAAACUUUCGUUAAACUUCUUAAUGAGACUGAGGAAUGGCUUUAUGAUGAAGGAGAAGAUUCGACGAAAUCCAUUUAUUCAGAAAAACUCGAUCAACUGAAGAAAUACGGAGUACCUAUCGUCGAACGCUAUCGUGAGGCAGAAGAUCUUCCAAGAGCGGAGAAUUUAUUGCGAGAAAGUAUUAGUUCAUUUAUCCUAAAUGCCACUAGCAAUGAUGAAAGAUUUGCACACAUUCCUGAGGAAGAGAAGAAAAGCAUUGUAGAGAAAGCUAAUAAAAUCUCGGAAUGGUUGAAUGAGAAACUUGCAACACAAGCCAACGUUCCAAAGUACCAACUACCAGCUGUUACCUCCCGUGAAAUUUUAAAGGAACGCGAGAAUCUAGUGCAUUUUGCCUCACCAAUCCUGUCAAAACCUAAGCCCAAACCUGAACCCGAGUCCAAACCCGAAGAAACUCCGACUUCUGAACCUAAACCUGAAGAAACACCAGUCCCCGACGCGACAUCCGAAAAUAAAAGUACCGAGACUCCAACGUCGGAAGGUGAUGCUAAAAACGAAGAGCCAAGGAGUGAAGGAAAUCCAGAAAAUGAGAAUACUAGUAAAACAGCCAUAAAAGCCUUGCUUAAAGAGACCUACAGUAAAAAAAAGGAUGUUCCGGAGGUUACAAGUGAAAUAGAGGCUUGCAAAGUUCUAGAAGAGGUUUUGUCCUAUGCUUUUUAUGCGCGAGUUGAACGCUCUGUAGGGGCAGAAGGCUCUCGUAGCAAAAAUUUAACCAUAAACCCUAUUCAACUAUGGGCCGAAGACCAAUAUUAUGUAUGGUUUUAUGAAGGAUCACAACUGCUAAACUAUUUGGGUGGAUUUGUGUUAAUAGGAGCUGUAUUUGCUGGUGUUUUAUUUCCUCUCUGGCCAGUCAUGUUGCGUAACUUUGUGUGGUACAUUUCGGUAUUCAUACUAAGUCUUUUUGGAGUGCUUAUUCUAAUUAUUGCUAUUAGACCUGUGUUGUUUUUUCUCAGCAUGGUUGUUAUACCGCCUGGAAUAUGGUUGUUUCCAAAUUUAUUGGCGGACGUUGGAUUCAUUGAUAGUUUUAUUCCGUUGUGGGAUUGGGAGGUGCCAAAUAAAAAGGAAAAGGUACCUGAUAAUGAUGAGGAUGAGGAAAUACACAAGGAAGAUGCUGAAGGUAUUAAAAAAGCUAGAGACCUUCGUACGACAGUUGAAGAUGAUAAGGAUGACGAUGAAAAGAAAAAUGAUUAA